AUGGCUUCUUCUUCUCAUGUGGGCUGUUGCUGUAAUUGGAAAUCUAUAUGGCGCACAGAGCUUCCCCAGAAAAUCAAGUUAUUUGCUUGGCGUGCAAUUAGAGAUAUUGUGGCUGCUAAGAGCAAUUUAGCUCGACGAGGUAUGAAUGUUGAUCAAUUAUGUCCUUUGUGUGGUGAAUGUAAUGAGUGUACUUUGCAUAUGCUAGUGAAGUGUGGAGAUGCGAAGAAAGUUUGGUAUAUUUCGCCACUGAGAUUAGAAGUGGAGGGGAAACGUUUAGGGAGUGGUGUAACUCGGUUAGGAAGGCCUAUAAAGAUGAGGUGGUGUUUUGAAGGUAAGAGGUAUGAGAUAAGUGAAGUCAUCCAUAGAGCUGUGAGUAUGGUUGGAGAAUUUGAGCAGGCACAGGAGAUUAGUUAUACAAUUCCCCCUGCCUCGACCUUUGAUUCGUGCUGGAAACCUCCCUUGGAGGAGGUAAUCAAGGUGAAUUCUGAUGCAGCAGUCUUUGCUUCGAGUGGGGUGGGCUUUGGAGGUGUAAUGCGUGAUAAUGUUGGUGAUGUGGUAGCCUCGACAUGCUUUAAGUUGGAAGGUAAAUUUGAGGUCGAUGUGGUUGAAGCACUUGCUAUGAGACAUGCUUUAAACAUUGCCAUAGAAUCCGGAUUUCGUAGUGUUUGCUUGGAAACUGAUUGUCUGAAGCUACAUAACCACUUGGUGAAGUGUAUGACUCCUAGUACUGCAUUUGGGAUGAUUGUGAAAGAUAUUCUUCAGCUUGCUCUGGCCUGUCACCAUGUUUCCUUUUCGUUUGUGAGGAGAAGCGACAAUCGGGUUGCCCAUGAAUUAGCUAAGUUAUGUAUUUCUUUUAAUGAACUUAGAGUGUGGAUGGAGGAUUUUCCUAGUGAUGUAACUGCACUUGUCUUGGCUGAUCAGAGCCAGGAUAAUUCAAAAGAGAAGAGUGUCAUCUAUUAUAGGCAACAAAUUGAAUAG